AUGAAGCUAGAUGCACAGUCAUUCUCGGUCCUGGGACUUGUCUCUGCAACGGCAGUCCGAGGAGCCCAAAGUGUUGAUAGCCUGUCAACAUCGAUUUCCCUCGAUUCCUACUUCAACAACAAGGCCUUUGGCUCGUAUCCCGGAUACGCUGCAUUUGAUGCCCUGAACGAGUCCUAUCCGGAUCCCAGUAUCAUCGGCAUCAAUGGCACAUACACCUCCCAGAGCACCGGGGUUGUGUACGACUUUCCUGGUCUCAGACAGGCAUCUAAACCUGACAAUGUCAUCUGCGAAGGGCAAACGAUUUCCGUGCCCAACUCUCAGUAUUUCUCAGCCUCGAUGCUGGUCUCGUCCGACGUCGAGCUGGACACUGUCUCUGGGAACGUGACCUACACGUAUUCUGACAACUCGACGCUGGUGUCUGAACUGCGAAGCUUGCCGUGGUGGGCGUUCCUGACCAUCAACCGCGGUGAAAUCAUUUUCCCGUUCCGCUAUACUGCAAACAGCACCAACUUCAACACCUCACACAUCUUCGAGUACACUGCUGCCCUAGACCCAGCCAAGACUCUGACCUCUAUCACGCUGCCAGACACCACCAAUGCCACCACGGGCAGGCUGCACGUCUUCUCCGUAUCCUUGUGGAAUGCCGCGUCCUCCUCUGCGCAGGUGCAGUUUGUGCGGCCAACGCAGAAAUGGACAGAGGAAGGAAACCAGGUGAUUGAAGUCACCAUCAACAACUCCGGCCUCGAUUGCAUUGCUGGAGAUGGUUUCGACAUCUUCAUCUCGAUGCCAGGAGUUGAGACCUUGGAGCCAGGUCAUAUCAAGCGGCUGUGUCCAGGCGAUCAGAAGCGCGUGGAUGUCGGCGUUAACGGCACAGCAGUGGGCCCAGCAGAGAUACUCCUGAGCCAUGACCGCUGGGCUGUGCAACAGCAAGUUGCCAAUGUCUCCAUCGAUGGAUUGACCGAGUGGACGUCUGACUUGUCGAAUCUUGCACGCCAUGAAGCCCCGCAGUGGUACGACGAAGCUAAAUUUGGAAUCCUCAUCCACUGGGGCCCCUAUUCGGUCCCUGGUUGGGGAAAUUCCACUCCCUAUGAAAGUUAUGCCGAAUGGUUUUGGUGGUAUUCCAAUCACCAAGCCGCAGAUAAGUCUGACUUUUACGAUUACCGGUUACGCACCUUUGGUCCUGACUGGAAUUAUGACGACGGCUUUGUUAACUUCACCGCUGCUUACUGGGACCCCAAGGAAUGGGUUGAUCUCAUCUACGACUCGGGUGCCAAGUACUUUGUCUUGACCACAAAGCACCAUGACGGCUUCGCCUUGUUCAACACCUCCACCACGUCGAACCGGAACGCACUUCACUAUGGGCCCCGGCGUGAUAUAGUCAAGGAACUCUUCGAUGCUGCGGAGACAUAUCAGCCAAGCCUUCGACGAGGCACUUACUUCUCUCUUCCAGAGUGGUUCAACCCAGAAUUCGGGCCUUACGGCUUUGCUCAGCUUUCUGGGAAUGCUUCCACUAGUUGGCCGGGUAUCAUCGCGCGGAACCCUUACACUGGUCUUGAUGAGCCAUAUACGGGGUUACUUCCCGUCGACGAUUUCAUAACUGACCUCAUGGUACCGCAGAUGGAUAUCCUCGCGUAUAACUACUCCACUGACAUCCUAUGGUGCGACUGCGGUGCUGCUAAUGGAACAGCUGGAUUUGCUGCUCGAUGGUGGAAUCACGCGCGUGAACAGAACCGACAGGUGACCAUCAACUCACGCUGUGGUAUUCCCGAGGCCUCUGACUUUGAUACACCCGAAUACGCGACUUUCUCGUCGGCACAGUUACGCAAGUGGGAAUCCAAUGAGGGGAUGGAUCCGUACAGCUAUGGCUACAACCGUGCAACGGCCAGUAGUUUGUUUAUGAAUGCAACCACCAUUGUGCAGGACUUGGUCGAUAUGGUGAGUAAAAAUGGAAACUUUUUGCUCGACUUUGGCCCGCGCGCAGAUGGCACGAUCGUAGAGGCAGAGAUGCAAAAUCUGCGAAUGGCCGGCAAAUGGAUUCAUUCCCAUGGCGAGGCAAUCUUCAAUACAACGUACUGGUUUGUCAUGACCGAGAUUGCAGACCAAGGAGUGAGGUUUACACAGACCAACGAUGCCUUUUACAUUCUCUUCCUAGAGAAGCCAGCACCAUCAUCAGACAUCCACAUUAAUGCCCCAUUGCCUUUGCUGAGAGGGGAUGUGGUCACUGUAGUCGCCGAUGAAAACCAACCCCCAUCGUUUAUAAGUUGGGAGAGUUCCGACUCUGGUUUCACCUUCCACGUUCCGGAGUCAGCUUGGGAGAACGAAACUUAUUGUUGGGUGUUGAAGAUCGCGUACAAAACAUGA